GCGGGCCGCGUGGAGUGUGGCACAGCGUCGAGUGACCAUUCGCCCGCGCUUUUCAGGCUUCAGUGUUUCUCUGCGAAGGUUCUCUGUUUUCGUAAGAGGUUGCUCAGUGGUUUUAUCCAGCGACAGGGGUGCGUCCCUGAAUGUCGAAAUGCCUGUUAAAAGAUCACUGAAAUUGGAUGAUCUGUUAAAAGCAAAUUCAUUUGAUUCUUCAAAAAUCACAAGGAAGAUAAGUGUUACAGCCUAUUCUCCAACAACUGGAACCUGUCAAAUUAGCCCAUUUGCUUCUCCCACAAGCUCUAAAGAACAAGAGAACAAAAAUGGACCAUCAGAUGGAAAGAGGAAAAACUGGAAUCACCUCAGUAUAACCAAAAGAAAGGAAUCUACUACAGAAGACAAUGAUGAAUUCAUGAUGUUGCUAUCUAAAGUUGAGAAAUCAUCAGACGAAUUCAUGGAAAUAAUGCAAAAUUUAAGUAAUAUACAGGCUUUGGAGGACAGUAGAGAGCUUGAAAAUCUCAUUGGUAUCUCCCAUACAUCAGGUGUCUUAAAAAGAGAAAUGCAGAAAACAAAAGACCUACUGACAAAAGUAACAAAACAAAACCUAUUUGAAAAGAAGAAUUCAGGACUUCCCAACAAAGGCAUUUAGAAGAAAUGCACUCACUAUGAAAACGCCAACUUCUGUAUCUGCCUGAUCAUAUUUAAAGGAACAGAAGAAAUGUUUGUAAUUAAUCUGCCCAAUAAAUACCAGAUCAUAGCACAGGCAGGUGCAUGUCUAGAUAAAAUUUCUUGCAGCUAAUUUAAACUUUCUACACGCACCAGUAGAUAAUCUCAACGUAAAUAAUACAUUUCUUCUUGACCCUUUAAAGUAAGCCAACAUGUAGAAGAGGAUCUUGACUUAUAUUUUGUAUCUCAUAUGCUUCUAUAUACUUUUAGCAUUUGUGGAUAGACUUAAUAAAGCAUUAAUAAAAAUGGCACCUUUGGUAGAGCUAUAUAUUUUAAAACUCAGAUUAAAUCUAAUAGUGGUAUUAGGUACCAGUUUUCCCAUUUAAAGCUCCAGAUGUGUAUUUAUUAGAUUCUUUUGAAAGCUUUUAAAAUUUAUAAGUUUAUUUUAGCUAUCUCAGGGAUGAGUCUUCAUUAUAUUCUAGUUAUUCUUAUGCUUGUAGAGAAAAAGUAUUUUCAAACUUUUAAAAUUUCCACAUCUCCUUUUAUAAAAUAUUGGAAUGUAUUUUUCAGUGUAGACUUUUAAAUAUGAAGUUGUUUUUAAACUGAACUACACAGACUCUACUGAAUUUAAAGAAAAGACAUAUCUCAUGGAGCAAUAUGAGAUCCCCUCCAAAUUACUUUGAAGCAUUAUUUUAAAUUUUUAAUUUUCUAGUUUUUUUUGUAUCAUUUGUGCUGUCACAAAAUAAAGGGGAAGAGAGAAUCACAGAAUUGAUAGCACGUUUUUUUAAACCUUAUAUACUUUUCUUUGACCAUUUCCACAGGGAAAAAAAAUGCUAUUCCCUUGUAUAAUAUCUUAUACAAACUGUCUUGACAAAAUUUGUGUAAGGUAUUACCAUGUCAUUUAAUUCACUGUAUCAUGAAAAUAAAAAUACUAUGAAAAAUUUGAAACAAAAUUUUUAACAAAUUAAGGUUGAAAAUAACUAAUUUUCCAUUUACAGAAAUUUCAGAUUCACCUCUUAAAAUGAAAAUGAGUUAUUUUUUAAAAACUAUUCAUUGAAAUGAUACUAAACAGUAACUCAAUAAAACUAAUUGCCUUCACUAGUGAUUUUAUUGGUACUACUUAAAUAAGGUUUUUAGAGAAUCUGCUAAAUAUUAAGGAUACUUUGUGAUACAGUGCUAAUAGAACAUUGCCUAAAAUAUACCAAAAAGGAUAAUUCCUUUGUGUUCUACCAUUGAAAACUUACCUUAGAAUGUAAGCCAAAACAUAUAAAGAAACCUACAUUAGUCAGGAAAUAAAGGAUUAAGAAGUAGAUUGGUUUCAUAUGUAAUCCAAGUUAUGUAGCUAUUUGCUUAAUGCUAUUAAAUCAGUUACUGUAUGUUUGACCUCUUGAUAUACUAAGCUUUUGCCUUUCAGAACAGCUGGGUCGGCUAAGAAUCCCUUCCCAGUUCUGUUCAUUGUAGAUCAGAUGACUCUCGCUUUAUCACCCUUGGAGGCCACAUGAAGGACAAAGCAGAAAGAUCCACACACAAAACUAAUGUUUAUAUGGGCAGGGGGGCGGGGGGGGGGCAGAAGGCGUGGGAUACACUUGGCCCUGAUCUUCCAAUGAACAUAACAGAAGAGAGAGACCAAUUGAGACUUGAAACCAUUGUGUUACUCCAACCAUUAUUUAGUUACAUCCUAUCCAUCUCUUACUCUCUUUCCCUUGAACAGAGAGGCUCCUUUGGCUGCCUUGACUUUUGUAAAUGUUUCACUCACUUAGUUGUGUUUUAUCAUUUGGACAGAAUGCUACAUCGGGGAUUUUUCUCCCCUCCCUAAGGCUUCAAGACAAAAUGACUUCUGUUGCCUCAUAUUUGAUACAUGAACAUACACCCUGUUCUCUUCAUUUUAAGACGCAUACCUAAGUUUAUUGGCAACAAAGAAAACUGCAUUUUUCAGAAACAGCCCUUCCCUCUAAAAUGAACUGGAAAAUAACAGAUCAUUUUUUGACAGGUAUAUCAGUGAAUAAAGUGAGAAGUCUUUAAUUUUUUUGUAUAAGCUAAAUAUCUUUAUAUUAAAAUAUCCCUGUAAUCCUGAAUAUAGCUGAGAGAAAUGCUUUGGAAUUGCCUAUUUCUGAUCUUAAUUCAUCACUGGACAUUUUUGUUAUUUUGGUACUUAAUCCCUCAAAGUUCAAAGUGGACUGUUCUUAAACCGGUUUCUAAUAGAUAUGAGAUCCUUGACUUAUGAGAUAAUUGCUACAAGUCUCCAUUAAAGCUACAGUGUAACUCCAUAUGACUAGAUUAAAUCAUCUGGAAAUGUAUUUUUAUUUAGAAUUCACCUAUAAGAUACCUUGAAUAUGGGUGCAUUCCAUUUUACUAAUGUUUAAAUAAUACUUUCAUUUUCAAAUAAUGUUUCUCUACUCCAGCUAUUUAGAAGUUGUCAGAACUUCCUCAUCAUUGAAUUAAAUCAACAUCCUGUAUUAAAUGCAAGUUUUCUAUUACAAAAAAUAAAAAAGAUGACACCAGCCAGCCAAGAUGCUGACAUUUGGGCACAGUGAUUACAGAUGGUGACCAUGGACAGCGAUGUUCCUGCUGAUUCGGCAGCGAUUCAAGGCUGCUUUUCUGUGCUGACCUGCCCUUUGAGUCUUUAUGCACAUUUGCUUUGAGAAGGAAAUACUUCUUGAUUUUUUGCUUUGUCUAAACCCACUUCCUUUAUCAGACUUAAAAACAUAUACCUUGUUGCAUCAGCCUGUAGGUGUCCGUGUCUAGAACCAAAUUUUCUUUGAGUAUAUGUGUUUGGCUUGCAUUGUUUUAAAAUAUACCACCACUUAGUUAUUAUGCUUUAAUGGCUUAUUAAAGAAAUAUAUUCAUUAAAAACAUGGGUUGAUGGG